CUCACGACCACCUACUAACGUUGCAGCUUCCGCACGCCGUCGAGACGCCGCAGUCAAGAUGAAGCUCAACAUCUCCUACCCCAACAAUGGCACCCAGAAGCUGAUUGAGAUUGACGAUGAGCGUAAGCUCCGCGUCUUCAUGGAGCGCCGCAUGGGUCACGAAGUCCCUGGCGACAGCGUCGGCGACGAGUUCAAGGGCUACAUCUUCAGGAUCACCGGUGGAAACGACAAGCAAGGUUUCCCGAUGAAGCAGGGUGUCAUGCACCCUACCCGUGUCCGACUCCUGCUCUCUGACGGCCACUCCUGCUACCGCCCCCGCCGCACUGGUGAGCGCAAGAGGAAGUCCGUUCGUGGUUGCAUUGUCGGCAUGGACCUCUCUGUCCUGGCUCUCAGCAUCGUCAAGAAGGGCGAUGAGGAUAUUCCCGGCCUGACCGACAUUGUCCACCCCAAGCGCCUCGGUCCCAAGCGCGCGACCAAGAUCCGCCGCUUCUUCGGUCUCAGCAAGGAAGAUGAUGUCCGCAAGUUCGUCAUCCGUCGUGAGGUUCAGCCCAAGAAGGAGGGCGCCAAGCCCUACACCAAGGCCCCCAAGAUCCAGCGUCUGGUUACUCCUCAGCGUCUCCAGCACAAGCGUCACAGGCUCGCACUUAAGCGCCGCCGAGCGGAGGCUUCCAAGGACGCUGCCAACGAGUACGCUCAGAUCCUGUCCAAGCGUAUCAACGACGCUAAGGCUGCUCACGACGAGGCCCGCAAGAGGAGGGCAUCUUCCAUGAAGCACUAGAGGAUCAUCAUGAAUUCAUGAUUGGGUCGUGAAAUGGUUACAUUGGCGUCGGCACGAAAAUAAGGGAGUGGGCUCCUGUAUCUGAAUGAAAACUUCGGGCAUUCAAGGGGAUAGGCGCUUCUCAUACCACUGGCUGUUUCAAGCAGUUGUCUGAAUAAACAAUUGCAUCACUUCACGACCG